UCCCUCAAGUCCUACAAAGUUACUCGCUCUACAGUACAUUAUCUACUUGCAUGGAUCGUCGUAAAUAGUAGGCUAUAAACUAUAGUAUAUUUAUAUAUUGUAAAUCUACAUAUUUAUAGGUCGCGUGCAACCAGUGGCUCAGAUUAUUUGAUUUUAAAACCGAAAGAAAUAUGAAUUGAGAAUGUGCACGAUACAGGCUACUUAAACUAAAAAAUAAAAUUAUUUAAGUUUUGUUUAAAUACAAAAUUGUGUUUCGUUUUACGGACGACGUAAUUAGGCCUAGCCUAUAGCCAGUUUAACAAACGGUAGGGAAAGAGGUUUUGACGGAGGCAACAAACACACCACUGGAACUUUUUUUGGAUUUAUUUGGAUCUUUACACAUUUUCAGUGUCACGCACUCUGCAGCCGUGUUUAGCGCACGCAACCUACAUUGGAUCUACUGAUGAAAAUAGAUGGCGUGCAUGAAUUAACCGUUGAUCUGGACUGGAUGGACUAGACUACCUUUUAAAAAAAAUUAUUGCCCAAGGCGUUCUGCCGUAUAUUUUACCUGUCUCUAACUCACCCAACCCCCUACUUCGACCAAAACGACCACCGGAGACUGCUCCUCAUCCACAAACAGUGUCCGACAGGCGUCAUGGGUUGGCUUUGGUGUCCUGGAACUUCCAAAGCUUGGAGGACGACCGUUUUUAUGCUACAUGUAGUCUCCGCAGCAUUGGCGAAGAGACACGUUGUCUUCUGGAACAGUACCAACACAAGGCUGGUGCAAGGAGACCUCUCCAUCCAGGUGGACCUCAAUGACUACCUGGACAUCUACUGCCCCUACUAUCCGCCUGAGGCCCCCACCUCUGCCCCCCCUGAGGUCCUGGCGCUCUACCUGGUGGCGGAGGGGCGGUUCCGGGGCUGUGUGGAGACGCGGGGGGCAAUUAAGCGGUGGGAGUGCAACAAGCCCCGCGCUGCCUUCGGCCCCGUGCGCUUCUCUGAGAAGAUCCAGAGGUUCACUCCCUUCUCCCUGGGCUUCGAGUUCCUGCCCGGGCAUCACUACUAUUACAGCUCGAUGCCCAUAGAGGACGGGCCCCCCCUGACCUGUCUCAAACUCCGAAUCACGGUGUGCUGCGAAUCUGUAACAGCACAACCUAAUCAGGAACAGGGUAACCCAGCACCUCGCAGUGCGGUCCGUUCAGUGAUGGAAACUCCAUGGCUCCUCGUCCUCAUCAUCCCUCUCUUCCUCCUCUCAUCCAUCUGACCUGUCUCUCUCUAUAUGCCCACCCAAAUAUGUGUGAGCGCACACUGAGGGUCUGCCUUUGUGUGCCCCUGAUAGAGAGGGCCAGACAUGGUGCUGAUAGGUCACACCUGAGAAAUCUAUGGAGACGCCUCGGUCUCAUACAUACGAUGGAUCAGCUACCCUGAGGUUGCACAGUCAUUCUCAUUAGGGUGCAUAUCCGUCCGUAGGCACAGAGCAGAGCCCUGUUGAGUUAUACACUGCACACUGUCCAUCUAUCUCCUGCACACGGCUAUAUAUUGAACACACUCUCCAUCUGCCUCCUACAUACAGCUGUACAAUGAACCAUCCUUUUCUCAGGUUCUGUGGUCAUUGAAAGCAAUACGCACACACAUACACAGACGCGCACACACACACGCACACACAGGGUUUUGCAUUGAUUCACUGUCUCACACACAGAGAGGAAAAUACUCCCUUGGGCAUUCUCUCUCUCCCUCUUUUUCUUCUCUCUCUCUCUCUGUCAUUUUUGGAGUGGCACUAAUCUCUCUGCUCUUUUCUCUACACCCCUCCCUUUCCUGCUCUCUAUCAAAUCCUCUUUUAGGCUUUUGGCCCCCUCUGCCCCCCUCUCACUCCCCUUCUUCUCUGAUAAAAGUUCACCCUGAAAAAAAACCCAACAAUCUCAGAUAAAAGCAUAUCCAUUCAUUUCACACUUCUGUCCCUUUUCUCUUUCUCCCUUCUCUUUUCAUCCUGUAGCAUCUGCCUUUCUCUAUUUAUCACUGUACGUGGACCCUCAGAUGAGCCAAAAUGGAUCAAUGGACCUGACUCUGAGGCGUACAGACUGUACGCAGGCCAAUGCCAACUGGACUCAGCAGCACUACAAUCAGCCAGCCAGAGUUGUCCACUGGACCAAAACACACUGGCUAAAUCUGAUCGCAGCUUCUUCGACUUGUAAAAUGUUGGCCGGUUUGGGCUGACGUGGACCGCAAACUAAAUAUUUAUCGCAACUGAAACUUUUACUGAAACUGAGCCAAAGUGGGAACAACUGGACUAAAAUGGACGACGUUAAAUGUGAAGGUGCCUCGGGUUGGAAAAACUGAACUUGCUGAAAUGGGGGGGGGAUCAAACUUGCUGAAAGCUGGACGGGGCUGUGUUGGGCCGGGUUUUUCGUGGUACCGUGCUCUGCCAGACCGGACUGGCACGAGCAGAGGAGAUCUGGACUGCGCUGAAGCGGCCAUUUUGAGGCAGAGAGGGAGAGCUGGGCAGCGAGAGGCCGCAUAAGCCUUCCUCCCUCUUACGCAUAGCCUGCUGCUCGUCACUGUAAACAGCCACGGGCCAAUGAGAGCAUUGAUUUACACCAGCAGUCGCACUACAACACCGGCUAUGGAAGACGUAAAACCCUUUUUGAUUCUCUGUUGAGCGCUUAGCAUUGUGUGGAAUCAGCCAACAGGACAGGAUCGCUCUUGAUUUCUCAGUAUUUCUGUAAAAUGUGUCGAUGUAGUGCGAAUUGUUAGUUUUUGUCUCCACGGUGAUUUCUGUAGCAUUUUCAGACACUGGUGUUUGCACCCUUUCUCAGUCAGGGAUUUUAAAAAUAUUUGUUUCGUGAAAUACCUUUUCAUGGUCCAAAUUAAGCUAACUUUAUAUGGGCAUUACUUACCUGGAAAUGGUUUAAUUAAGGCAUGAAUCAAGAAACAGCUGGUGUGGAUGUUCAUUAUGAGAGAACUCAUUUCUAUGAAUGAUCUAAAUCUGGACUAAUGUGAAAAGUUUAUUAUAAGUAGAAUGUUCUUACAGUUGCAUUGAAUGAAUGAAUGCAGCCCAUUUACACGAAGGUAUUCAUUCAGUUUAUUGCUUGACCGGUGAAAAUGCCAUAGGUGGCCAUUCAAGUGGUCCCGUUAAUGAUGCUAUUUUGAGCUAAUAUAAAAAUAUAUUUCCCUCCUGAAGUGAGGCGGCAUUAUUUUAAAAUUGUACCUUCAUGUUCUGGGUGAAAAUGACUUCACAGAAAUGUAAACAGUAUUAUUUUUCCAUGAAAUGGGAAAAGAAAAAAAGCGUUCUGUAAAUGUAUUUUCUAUUAAUUUGCCUUCAUUAAGUGUUUUUUUUUCCACGGCAUAAUGAGUACAUUUUGUCGGAAGGUAACAUUUUAUAUCUGGAAAUAUUGGUCAUGGUUAAGCUUUAAUUUUGCCUUUUAAUUUUGCCUUAAUUUUAACUAGUGUUUGCCGAUGCUAGCCUUGAAUACAUAUAUUGUUUUUUAACUACAUGUAAAUGAACUACUCUGCUGAAAAUAGCAAUGGGUGCCAGUGUUCUUGUCUGAGGCAAAUUAUCUGUAAUCUGGUUUGACUCUAGAAUCAGACCCUAUCACAAUCACGUAGGACAAAGUAUUAUUUUUGUAUAUUCGUAUUUUGUUUUUCGUUUUUCACAUUUUAGUGAAGAAUUUAGCAUCUUCUAUGAAGACCUGCAAUCAGGGUCCUUUUUCUAAGGCAAGAUUUAGACAAUAAAUUUGAUUGCAAGAAGGCCA